CAGUUUUUCCUCUAAAUGUAAAUAAACAAGCGUGGACAUGGAACUGCGACUACAGAUAAUCUCUUAAUUGAUUAAUUAUUAGUAUUAUAUAUGAAAUCCAAUUAAAAUGGAAGAUACAUAUUGAACGGAGAGUUAAUGGCUUACUCCGGAUUUUGUUUCUUCAAUUCUGGUUGUGUUUUUUAUUUAAAAAAACGGCAUUUAGCUAGAUUACAAAGUCACCGAUACAAAACAUUUCGUUAAUGCAGACCUUUAUCAAACCUGUUCCAUCCUAUCAUCAUAUAUUUAUCGUGUUUCUAAUCAAAGAAUUGAAAUGUUGCACAAUAUCUUCAGUUUUCUCAUGAUGAGCUAUAAGUAAAUGCAAAGUAAUGGCAUCUGACACUAAAGAAUCCAUCAGACAGCAGAUAUGGUCAUAUUUGGAAUCAAAUGAUAUAGCACGGUUUCCAAGACCCGUCUAUAAUCGUAUUCCGAACUUCGAAACUAUUGACUGAAAAGGUGGAAGGCAAUGUUGCAGAUUACGUGAGAUCUCCUCCCGAUCACAUGUUGCAUUUGCUGUGGAGCAUGCGCAUUAGCGAGCAAGGAGAGAAAAAAAAGGGGGGCAAAACCCAGAGACAGUAUAACCAGGGAGCUGAAAUAGCUUGUAAUAAAGUGAGAGAACUUCAUGAAUAUCAAAAUGCAAAAGUUGUUAAAAUUAAUCCAGAUUCGCCUCAAAAGCCUAUACGUUUUUUGACUUUAGAGGAUAAUAAAAUUUUGCUGGCAUCUACUCCUCGUUUGAGAAGUGGUUUGCUAAACAGAAUAAUUCCUCCAGAAAAUGCUGAUAAGCACACCCUUCAAAUGUGUGCCACUUCUGAGGGGGUUAAAAAAUUUAGUGUAAGGCUUGAUUUGAAUAAGAAAGUCAAGAUUGAUUUACUAAUCUUAGGAUCAGUUGCCGUGUCUCUGAAAGGUCAACGUAUAGGUAAAGGUCGAGGAUAUGCUGACUUGGGAUUUGCCAUGAUGGCUGCAGUGGGAGCUGUGAAUUCUGAAACAACAAUCGUAACGGUUGUUCAUGAUUGCCAGGUCUUGCGUUCAAUACCUGAUAAUUUAUUUAAAGAGCAUGAUGUUCCUGUUGAUAUCAUUGUUACACCUACAAGAAUACUUCGAUGUGAACAAAAAUUGCCUAAACCGCACCGUAUCAUUUGGCCAUUAUUAAGUGAAGAAAGUAUUAGAGAAAUUCCGAUUUUAAAAAAAUUAAAGAAAAUGGCUAUAAAUCUGGAAUGAUAAGCUGAUAAAUGGUACAUAAAUCAUCAGUAUUCAUUACUCAUUAUAAGAACUGUUUUGUACAUUCCCAAACUGUAAUUAAUCCAAAAUAUUUCAUUUGAUUGUGAUAAAUGUGAAUUCAGUAUUGAAAACAUUAUAAUUCAA